GGAAAUAUGCCUACUUCAUCCAACCUGACACAGACACUGGAAUAUGUCUUCAAAAGGAUUUUUGUGACUUACAUGGACAACUGGCGCAGGAACACAACAGCUGCACAAGAGGCCCUGCAAGCCAAGGUCGAUGCUGAGAACUUCUACUAUGUCAUCUUGUACCUUAUGGUUAUGAUCGGAAUGUUCUCUUUCAUCAUUGUAGCCAUCCUGGUGAGCACCGUGAAAUCCAAGAGACGAGAACACUCCAAUGACCCGUACCACCAGUACAUUGUGGAGGACUGGCAAGACAAGUACAAAAGUCAAAUUGUGAACCUGGGAGAAUCAAGGGCCACCAUCCACGAGAACACUGGUGCAGCGGGGCUCAGAAUGUCUCCUUAAUUAGCGAGAGAGGCAUACAGCCAACGUCUGACAUGCAAAUAUGAAGAGACGCCAGUGUCAUGGAGCCAAUCCAAGUUGCCAUGCUUAGAAGACACUAAGUUCCUCGCUCUCUGUUGAGAAUUUUCAUGGAGAUCAGGUGGCUGGUCAACUAAGACAGGGGACACUGCAAUCUCAGUGAUUUAUGCUUGCUCAUUGGAGAAGUAAUUUAUGCUGAAGACCUCUCUUCCUUUCCGUGCAAUGUCAAUGUCAUUUUAAUCAAUGUCAAUAGUGAAAAUAAAGCCAGAUUGGAAGUAACAUGCCUGGGCAGUGGCAGUGGGGUAGAAAGGAGAGAUUAACAAAUCAUUGAAUCUUCUUCCUCAUGAAACAUUUUGUUUAUGACUAAAUCAAUUUAUAAAUAACCCAGGUGUAUUACCCAGAAGCUGAGGUUCAAAAAUCUGUCACUUGCUCACUGGAUUGAUGUAGGAGCAUUUAUUUAUUAACUCAUGAAUGUAGAGUCUGAAGUGAUGAAUGAAUAGAACCACGGCGUUCCUUUAUGUGUCUUGUUUCCCUAGCAUUGAGUUUAUUUUUGGAAGUCUGAAGACAGAACAAACAUUUCACAAGGGCAAAGAGUCCACACCAGAGAAAUAGAAUCU